UCAUUCCCGUUGAUCGUCGCCGUUGAUUGUCUUUGCCAUCGCCAUCGCAUUCUCCAUGUCUCUGUCGCCCUCCGUGCCCCGCCGAUGCGCUUCGGGGCCCAGCCUCGGGCCGCAGCCGCAGCCUCCCGUCUCCGCAACGAGUCUUGCGCGUGCGGCGGUCGUCGCAAGCACGUUUUUGGGCAAGGCGUCCCUGGCAGCCCCCGCGUCGACCCGCAUCACCCGCCUGUCCUUUGCCUGGCCGCCUCUUCCGCUCUCAUCGGUCGUCAUGGCGGCCUCGUCGAUCGUCACGGCUGCUCCGAUCGCAUCCCAGGUUGCAUCCCAGGCUGCAUCCCUGGCCAAAGAACACACAUCCCAGUCGGCGUCUCCGGCGCCUUCCUCUGGUGGAAACAGACAGAGGCCCAGAGAGCACCAAGAGUCCACUGGCGUGCUCCUCCCAGGUCCUUUGCGGCCUCGGGAGCUUGGGCCCUACUUUCUCCACCUACAGCGAACCCCCAGCGGGCCAAUGCCAAGGACGGCGGGCUGCGCCUUGCAGCAUUUAGACCGCAAGCGUCGUCUUUGCCUGAGUCCCCCGCACAUCAUAUAGCCGUCUUCAGCGUUACUGGCGACAGCGACUCUUGUUGCUUCGCUCCCGCUGCCCGAACGACCCACCCCACAGAU